AAUACAUAGCAGUGUCGUGACUUCAUCAAGACAGUGAUAUAUCACCAUGAUCCUCUUGCUCUGUUUCCUAGGAUAUAUUACAGCAGCCCAGGCUGCACACGCACUGGACUGCAACCACGAUCCGCUGGGGUGCAUCGCGUUGGCAAUAACGACAGUAGACCUUACUCUCUGCGAGGCCGUCAAACACCUCCACUGUGACAAUCUUCACGGGCAUGUCGCCGUCCCGCAUGAAGUCGUUUGUGGCACCGAUGGCGUCACAUACGACAACCAUUGUACGUUUGCGCAAGCGCGGUGCAAGGUGCUGAUGGACCACAACAACCAGCAACAUGGCCAACCUAUCGUACAGCUCAACAUUGCCAACAAUGGUCCCUGUACCGGUACGAUCACAGCCACGCAAAUUGCUGCCCAGGCUGCGCACGCACCGGACUGCAACCACGAUCCGAUGGGGUGCAUCGAAUUGGCAAUAACUACAGUAGACCUUGUUCUCUGCGAGACCGUCAAGCACCUCCACUGUGACAAUCUUCACGGGCAUGUCGCCGUCCCGCAUGAAGUCGUUUGUGGCACCGAUGGCGUCACAUACGACAACCAUUGUACGUUUGCGCAAGCGCGGUGCAAGGUGCUGAUGGACCACCACAACCAGCAACAUGGCCAACCUAUCGUACAGCUCAACAUUGCCAACAAUAGCACCUGUACCGCCCAGGCGGGCCACACAAUUGACUGUAAAAACCAGCCUCUUUUGUGUAUCGAGACGGUCAUCAAGACGGUGGACGUGGAUCUGUGCCACCAUAUGGUGCACCUCCAGUGUGACAACCUUCACGGCAACAUUGCCGCCCCACAAGAACUCGUCUGUGGCACCAACGGCUUUACAUACGACAACCACUGCCUAUUUGCACAAGACCGGUGCAAGUUGAUGACUGACAAGAACAACCAGCACCACGGCCAGUCAAUCUUCACAUUGGACAUUGCUACCGAUGGCUCCUGUACCGGCACACCUUCGCCAAUUGAUGGGACUGGCUGCCACCACCAGGAGUGUAUCGACCCGGCCCUGUCGUCAACGGAUGCCAAGAUCUGUCUCGAGCUCACCAAAGUUCAUUGCCAUGGCCACGCCUACGAGCCGAUCUGUGCCAGCGACGGCGUCACAUACAGCGACCACUGCACUUUUGCUAAGAAGAGGUGCACCAGGGACGGGGCGAGUUUGACGAUUCAGUUUAUGGGCGAGUGUCACGGUACCGUUAACAUUCAGACAACGGUGGCCAUGACCGGUGGCAGCAGCACGGCUUCACCCGCCGUCAUGACCACCGCCGGCAGCACAGCUUCACCCGCCGUCAUUACUACCGCGGCCAACUCUGGAGGGACUGGCGGGGUAUCGGUGGCUAGCACCACGGCAUCGCCGAUUGUGAGCGGCGCAGGAAGCACGGCGGCACCGGCGGUCACUUCCACCACAAUGCCACCAACUACAACUACCAAUUCAGUUACAAUGACGUCAGCGACAAUGCCAGCGGCGACAACUCCGUCCGUCUCGGAUCUGCUUGUUGGCGUCUUUUGCAAGAACAUCAACUCCAUCAAUUGUAGCCAGGGCUUCGAUAUCGUGUGUGGCUCCGACGGCAAGUUUUACCCAAACCCAUGUGAGCUGAGCAAGGCCUCCUGUUCUGACUCUACGCUGAGUGUCAUGCCCGACCUGACAACAUGCAGUGUCUAG